ACCGCGGUUCCAUGGAUCGAGAUUAGCCGUGGUUCUGCUUUCUGAGAAGUCUGCUUCCGAAGCAUGGGAGUUGGAUGUCAAAUGAAGUGGUAAUUCUUUAAAAAAUGGAGGUUUCACGAUGAUUAUGUUGGGAGUUACAUAUUUGUGUAUUGCGUGGGAAGAAUGUCACGCCUAGCUGACUAUUUUGUUGUAGUCGGCUUCGACCACGAUAAAGAACGAAGUGGAUUGAGUUCUGGCAAAAUUCUUCAAAGAUUUCCUGAGAAAGACUGGGAUGAUACACCUUUUAUUGAUGGUAUUGAAUUAUUUUGUCAACCUCAAGGCUGGAACCUUUCAACAGUUCGUCAGCAACCGACAUUUUUUGUAUCGGUACUCACAGAUAUUGAUGCCAAUCGGCAUUAUUGUGCUUGCCUCUCCUUCAAUGAGCCUGUCGCUAUCACUCCUUGCCAACCACCUGAUGAAGAAGGUGAAGAGGAAGCAGUGGAGUCCACUGGGGGGCUGGUACAGCAUCAUUCCAUUAUGUAUGCUCCCAAGUGUCUAGUUUUAGUUUCGAGGCUAGAUUACUUCUCAACAUUUAGGAAUUGUCUGGGAAUCAUUUAUACUGUGUAUAUAGAUAACAUUUCUGUACAGAUGGAAACUCUGAUUGGAAACAUAUUAGGCUGUGUUCAAGUACCUCCCCCUGGUGGACCACAAGUCAGGUUUUCUAUUGGUGCUGGUGAUAGGCAAGCUCUUCAGCCACCUUUGUAUUCAACAAUCCCUGUUACCGGUACUACAGUUUAUCAGUUAUUUGAACAGCUGGGUAUACACAAUCUUGUCACAUUGUUUUGUGCUGCUAUGACCGAACAUAAAAUACUCUUUCAUUCCAGUAGCUAUUCUCGUCUUACAGAUGCUUGUCAUGCAGUAACUUCAUUGAUGUACCCUUUCAAAUACAGUCAUGUAUAUAUACCUUUGUUGCCCUCUGCUUUAAUAGAAGUAUUGAGCACUCCAACUCCUUUCUUAAUGGGUGUUCAUUCUUCUUUAAAAGGGGAAGUUUUAGAUUUGUUAGAUGUCAUUGUUGUAGACCUGGAUGGUGGAUCACUCUUAGUUCCUGAAUGUAUAAAUGUUUCUAGGCUUCCUGAACCUCUACACUCAAUACUUUAUUCUCAUAUGUGUGAGGUUUUGCGUCCUGAGCUUAAGUCAGCUGAUGAUGCAUUUCCUCCUGGUCGGAUUAAAUUUUCGGAGUCCUGCUUGCUUGACAAAAACAUAAGAGCUAUUUUCCUUCGAACGUUUGCUCAGCUACUUCAAGGAUAUCGUUCAUGUCUCACUAUCAUUCGAAUUCAUCCUAGACCAUUCAUUACUUUUCAUAAGGCUGCAUUUCUGGGUCAGCAACCAUAUUCUGACUGUGACUUCAUUAUCAAAGUUCUAGAUUGCAUGUUCUUCAAUACUUUUGUUUCUGAAAGGGGUCCUCCUUAUAGAGCCUGUGAUAUUUUUGAUGAGAUAUAUGCAAGCAUGCAGGACAUUCUAAAAGCAGAGACUAAAGAUACAUCAUUAGUCUUGUCACAUAUCGAAGAACUGGGAACACAGUUAAAUAAAAACGAAAUUCCAAAUCCUCAACAGUAUGUUCAGAAAAUACCAAAACCCACUGAAGGAGCUUUUACCAGAAUACAUCAGCCAACUUUUCCUAUGAUUGAUGCUAAAGUUGUUCAAGAUAUUAUUGAUGAGGGAAUGUCAAACCAAUCACUCAGGGCAAAACUCUCUGCAAUUAAACCUGAGCAGCCAAGAAUAGUGCCUAUGGGACCUCAAGCGUCUUCUUGGCUUGAUAAUAGAAGUUUAGUUACAAACAGUGCUAGACGGCUUGAAGUUUUAAGAAGCUGUGUUAAUUGCAUUUUUGAAAACAAGAUUUCAGAUGCACGCAAGACUUUCCCUGCAGUUCUCCGAGCUCUGAAAAAUAAAACUGCUCGUUUAGCCCUAACUCAAGAAUUAGCUCUCCACGUUACUGGAAAUAAAGCCAUGUUGGAGCAUCAACAGUUUGACUUAGUUGUCCGCUUAAUGAAUUGUGCUUUGCAAGAUGAUUCUUCGAUGGAUGAAUAUGGUGUUGCUGCCGCAAUUUUACCUCUGGCCAUGGCAUUUUGCAGAAAGUUAUGUACAGGAGUGAUACAGUUUGCUUAUACAUGUAUUCAAGAUCAUCCUGUGUGGCAAAAUCAGCAGUUUUGGGAAGCUGCUUUCUAUCAAGAUGUUCAAAGGGAUAUUCGGGCUCUGUACGUUCCUAAUCGUGGUUCCUCAGGUGAUAGAGAAUCUUCUCUGUCGCCUGUUAACACUCGAGAAAGCAAAGAAUUGGUCAAUGCUUGGAAUAGAAAUGAACACAGAACAUCCAGUUCAUAUUCUAACAAUGAAGUUAAUAAUCUAGGUCGUCAACCAGAGCAUAGUGCUUUAGAAAUUGCUGCUGAGCAAAUGAGACUGUGGCCAAAUUUGAGUCUUGAGCAGCAGAAAGAACUGAUGAAUAAUGAAGAAUCUACGGUUUACAGUCAAGCUAUUCAUUAUGCAAAUAGAAUGGUUGCCUUACGUGUUCCUUUAGAUGUUAGUAAAAGUGCCAAAAAUGCUAAUGAUCUGGAACGAGAAAGUAAUAGUAAUAGUAAUGUUACAAAUAGUAUGGCUGAAACUGAUAGUGCUGAUGCUGAAAGUGGUUUUGAAGAAGAUACUUCAGAAGUGGGAGCAUCUGUUAUUAAGUUCGUUUCAAGAUUUGUGGACAAGGUUUGCACUGAUAGUGGUGUCACUGAAAAUCAUAUUAAAGCUCUUCAUCAAAUGAUACCUGGUGUUGUUGCGAUGCAAAUGGAAACACUGGAGGCUGUUCAUAAGGAAAGUAAACGUCUUCCACCAAUAACUAAGCCUAAAAUCUUGACUCCAAGUUUGCUACAAGGUGAAGAAUUACUGAUGGAAGGAUUACGUGUAUACUUAAUUCCUGAUGGCCGUGAAGAGGGAACAGGUGGCAAUCUUGGUGGCCCUAGUCUUUUGCCUGCUGAAGGAGCUGUGUUCCUUAGCAACUACAGAAUUAUUUUCAAAGGAACACCAUGUGAUCCUUUUGCUUGUGAGCAAGUCAUUGUGAGGAGUUUUCCUGUUUCUACCUUAACCAAAGAAAAAAGAGUUAAUGUCCAGUAUCUUACUCAAGUAGAUCAGUUUCUUCAAGAAGGCCUUCAACUACGCUCUAAUACUUUUCAAUUAGUCAAAAUUGCCUUUGAUGAAGAAGUUACUUCUGAAAACAUAGAGACAUUUAGAAAAUUAAUCAGUCGAGUCCGCUGCCCUCCUAGUGUGUUUCAUGUCUUUGCAUUUAGUGGUCAUCUAGCAGUUCCUCAAACACCAUUACAUAAGCAGAAAGAAAAAAAUGCUACAUUGAAAGUUAUAGCGAAAAAGACUCUUUUAAAAACUGCUAUGAGAGCAGGUUUCAAGCCUAAACCUUCAUCCAGAAAGCAGAAGUAUGUUAUUCAAGGUCCACAUGAUUCUAGGACAUUGCCAAGCCCUGGUCGAACUCCUUCUAUUGGAUUCGACAGCGAAUCAGAUCGUCCUUCUUCGUUAUAUGAAGAUGAUUUAUCAAUGAUUGAAGAAGGAGAUCUAGCUUUAUCAACUCCCCAUAUUCCAACUUAUGCUCAACACAUGGAUUCAAAAACUUUGGAGAAGCUUUCUGAAAGGAGUUACUGUAAGGAUUUUCAACGAUUAGGACUGGGUGUUCUGAAUGGUACUAACAAUAAAAGUAAAUCUGAGGGCUUUAGAAUUUCAUCUGUAAAUAGUGCAUAUUCUGUUUGUCGUAGCUAUCCAGCCUUAUUGGUUGUUCCUCAGAUCAUUAGCGAUGAAAGUGUGAGAAAAAUUUGCAGAUGUCAUAGACAUGGCAGAUUUCCUGUGAUAACUUGGAGACAUCCACGAACCAAAUCUUUGCUGUUACGUGCUAGUUGUUUCCAUGGGAAAGGUGUUAUUGGCAUGUUAAAAAGUCAUCCGUCUUCAACAAGUGCUUCCAGUGAAACUUCUGUACAUUUAGAACAAGAAAAAUUUAUAACUGCAAUUGUAAAUUCUACACCAUCUUCAACAAUGAGAGCAGCCUGUACUAAUGAUAUGCAUGAUUCUACACUUAGCAUUACAUCAUUAGUUAUGGGAGUUGGUGGUUUGGAUAAUUUUCCUACUUUAACUCCUGAAGUUGCUCGUAGAAGCAAUCCCUUACAGAAAGCUGUUAACAGUCUAAGAUCAUCUGGAGGGAAAGGUGGAAGACGUGUCAGUACAAAUAAAAUGGACUUUCGAAUGAACAGAGGAACUGCAAAUUUCUCUGAUUUAAGAUGGGGUAGCUUAAAAGAAAGAAGGCAAGGAUCUACAACAAGUUUAGGUUCAGAAUUUAGUUUACGAACUGGAACUAGACUUUCUGAUAUACCCGAUAUAUUGGAUGCAACUACACACACCCUGCAUAGAGUAGCACUUUAUGUAUUUGGAGAGAAAGCCCAGAUAAAGGGUAUCAAGCCAGAGUCAUUCCCAAAUUGUGACUUCAUUCCAGUGGAAUUUCCUGAAGUUAGACAUGUGAAAGCCAGUUUUAAGAAACUUCUGAGAGCAUGUAUACCCAGUGCUCCUGUUACUGAUCCAGAUCAGUCAUUUCUACGAGCAGUUGAAAAUUCUGAAUGGCUAAAUCAACUCCAAGGCAUUCUUCAGUUAUCUGGAGCCAUAGUGGAUUUAAUGGAUGUCCAAGGAUCAUCUGUGAUGAUAUGCUUAGAAGAUGGUUGGGAUGUAACUACACAGGUUAUUUCACUUGCUGAAUUGUGUUUGGAUCCCUAUUAUAGAACAUUUGAAGGCUUCAGAACUCUGAUCGAAAAAGAGUGGCUAGCUUUUGGCCAUAGGUUUACUCAUCGUAGUAAUCAUACAGCUGCAACUUUAGCAAGUGGUUUUGCCCCAAUAUUUUUACAGUUUUUAGAUGCUGUCCAUCAGAUACACAAACAGUUUCCAUUAUCUUUUGAGUUCAACCAGUACUAUCUAAAAUUUUUAGCUUAUCAUUAUGUGUCUUGUCGCUUUCGAACUUUUCUGUUGGAUAGUGAAUGUGAGAGAGCCGAAGUAGGAUGGCUGCUGGAAGACAGAUCUACUAGGUAUAGAGGCUUAGAUGGAGGUUCAGAUGAUGAAACUGGAUUUUCACUUAAAACUAACUCUUUGAACAAUUCUUCCAUAAGUGGUCCAUCUUUCUGGGAUUAUGUUGAUAAGUUAUGGGCACGCUCUCCAAUUUUUUACAACUUUUGGUACAGACCUAACAAUGAAGAUGGUGUGCUGAGGCCUUAUUCUAAUAUUUCAAAUUUAGUAAUUUGGGACUACUAUUUAGAAGAGGAAUUGGCACAUGGUCCAUCAUAUGAUCUUGAACUGGUUGCAAUGGAAAGACAAAGAGAAGAAGAGUCAGAGGCUGCAGAUGGUAGUUCUAAUUUAAGCUCUCGAAGAAUAAUAAAUACUUGCUAUGAUAAUGUGCAAACUGUUCAGCCAGAUUUCUUCACACAAAUUUUAGAGGCCAUACAUAAUGCUGAGACUGAAUUAGGUCUUUUGCCUCAAAAAUGGCUUAUGCUGUGGGAAAAAAUGGAAAUACCUGGAACUGACUCUUUAACAAGGCAAUCCUCAUUUACAACUCAGAUGGUUAGAUCCCAUGGGAGAUCUAUUCAUAAAAGAUCCACGAUUGAAAUUUUGGUACGAGGUAAAAUGGUUGGUGAAGCAACUCAACCCCAGGUUUAUUCCCAUCCACAUCGUUUUGAAAAAUACAACUACACAACACCUACUUAUUGUGAUUACUGUUCUCAUGUGCUUUGGGGUUUAGUGAAGACUGGCAUGAGGUGUAUAGAUUGUGGUUACAACUGUCAUGAAAAAUGCAUGGAGCAAGUACCCAAGAAUUGUACAAAAUACAAAUCUGUUAGUGAUUCUGGUGCUGUAUCUGCUUCUGUUUCAAAGGGUAGUGCAGAAAGUUCAUCAGUAACAUCAAGUGUCACUGCAUUGCAAACCAGUAGUCAAUAUUAUGAUCAGUUUUCAUCAAAUGUUGCGGAGAAUAGAACCCAUGAAGGAUAUCUUUACAAAAGAGGAGCUUUAUUGAAAGGAUGGAAACAACGAUGGUUUGUUCUGGAUUCAAUUAAGCAUCAGUUGAGAUAUUAUGAUGCAAUGGAAGAUUCUCAUAGUAAAGGGCUUAUAGAUCUAGCAGAAGUCAUAUCUGUUACCCCUGCUACUUCUGUUCAAGGUGCUCCUAAAAAGGCAGAUGAAAAGGCUUUCUUUGAUCUUCGUACAAUAAGAAGAACUUACAACUUUAUGGCAGCUGAUAGUGUUGCAGCACAGGAAUGGAUUGAAAAGAUACAGGCUUGCUUGCAAUGAGGAGAGUAAAGGAAAGCUACAAGGAGACCCUUGCUUUUUUUUAGUGAUCCAUAAAGCUUCUUUUUGUUAUGCACCUUAUUGUGCCUGAAUGAAGAAUCGAACGUUUUUUGACAUACUUUAGCUACAAUAUCCUGAAGUUAUUUCUAACUAUGCAAAGAAACUAUUUAUCAUUUGUUAUGAAUUGUGGAAGAAGGCUCAAAUUUGCUAUGCUGCAUUGUGUGCCAUCGUUCAGUUCUCUACUUUAUUUAGUGCAUAGCAAUAUCAUUCACCAUGCUACUCUUUAAACUCAUUUCUUUCAAGCUUCAUUAAAGACAUAUCUGAAUACUCUGAUCAUUGUACAGUGUUGCACUGAUGUUCUUUGUUUUUGUUUGUUUGUCAAAGUAUAUUUGUAUUUUAGAUAAUUUAUGUUCCAUUUUGUAUGAUUUUUUUUUUUUUUUUUUUUUUUUUU